AUGAGCACGCAAUAUUAUACCCUAUAUUUUACAAGGCGCUUGAUUUUUAUUAUUACUCAAGUGUUUUUAAAUGAUUUUCCUCAAAGUCAGCUCACAAUAAAUGCAGUAUCAUCUUUAUGUGUAAGCUUUAUAUAGAUUGCUCUAUUCUUAAUUUUUUAUCGUCCUUUUGAUAACUUUGUUAUUCAGGCAACAAAUUUAAUUACUGAGUUUGGAAUUUUUGCUAUUUUCACGCUACUUACUCCUUAUUUUUUUGAUCUAAGUCCAGCCGUGACUAAUAUUAUGGACAAUAUAAUUAUGCAUUCUGUGAUCUCAGUAAUGCUAGUGCAAGCAGUUGGGCCUCUAAUAAAUUCUAUAAAAGAAGUUUAUUAUGUUGCUAAAAGAAGUAUGAGUAAAGAAAUUUAUCAAGAAAAAAAGAUUGCUAAAAAUGAGAAAAUGGAUGCUAUAAAUACUUGGACAAUACCUUCGGAGCCACCAUGCCAAACAAGUUGCAGAAUAAUCAGCAGUAAAAACGAUAUUAGCAUAGAAAGAAAAUAUGAUUUAUAUCAAUAA